AUGGGUAACCAAUUCAGCCAGAUUUUCCCCCCAGCACCUACCUUCACUGAAAGCUCGCUGCCCGAUCUCAAAGAUAAGGUCUUCAUCGUGACUGGCGCCUCCGCCGGCGUGGGCAAAGAACUAGCGCGCCUCCUCUACUCGCGCAAUGGUACUGUGUAUGCCGCCGCGCGCUCAACAGAGAAGACAACCGCAGCGCUCGCGUGGAUCAAAGAGCAGCACCCAUCCUCCAAAGGCAAACUAGCCCAUCUCCACCUCGACCUCAACGACCUCGAAGGCAUAAAACCAUCUGUUGAAAAUUUCCUCGCUCAGGAAUCCCGUCUAGAUGUCCUCGUCAACAACGCAGGCGUCAUGAUGACCCCGCAAGGCUCAAAGACAAAACAAGGUUACGAACAACAGCUUGGAACUAACUGCGUUGCCCCAUUUCUUUUCACAAAACUGCUUACUCCGCUGCUGGUUUCGACGGCGAAGAAGGAACCCGCGGGGAGCGUAAGGGUGGUGUGGGUGUCGAGUUCAGUAGCGCAUGUAGCUGCGCCAAAAGGAGGGUUAGACAUGCAAAAUCUGGACUACAAGAAGGAUGCCUCGCCGACUGCAAAGUACGCGGUUAGUAAAGGGGGAAAUAUUUUGCACUCUAUCGAGUAUCGAAAAAGGUAUGGAGGAGAAGGAGUUGUCAGCGUUCCUCUCAAUCCUGGAAAUCUCACUACGGAUCUUCAAAGGUAUAUACCUACGUGGCAGAGGUUGCUCCUCAAGCUCCUAACGUAUCCGGCCGUGAACGGUGCGUAUACGGAACUUUUUGCGAGUUUGGCGCCCGAAGCUGCGAAGCUCAAGGAGAGCGAGUGGGUUGUGCCUUGGGGGCGCGUGGUGCCGUUAAGAGAGGAUUAUUAUUCGGAUCUAGGGAAGGAGAAUGCGAAGGUGUUUUGGGAGUGGAGUGAGCAGCAGGUUGAGCGGUAUAUUUGA